GUGUAAUAUAUCCGAACGGUAAGUUUCUCCGGCGGCAGGACUAGCAGCAGAUGGCUCGGUCCAAUCACAAGCCGUCUUGCCCAAAAGCAACAUUGAAAUUUCUCGGUGAAUCGGCGAGCGUGACAUAGUGCGACGAGCACUUCAACCAUCCGGUCGUCGUCCGCCCUUGCUCCCUGUGGCCGAUCUUGAACGCUUGACCGACCAUGGAUGAACUUUUCGAUGUUUUUGAGGACCAGCCUCAGGCUGUUAAACCGUCCGACGGAGCUCCCAAACGCUCCAAGAAAGACAAGAGCAAAAAACGUCAGGUUAAUGGUGAUGUGAAGGAAAUCGGUAGCACCGUCGGCGACGUGAAGGAGCCCGUAGCUGUUUCCGACACCCCAGUUGGAGAGACUGCCGACCACGAGGAUGCCGAUGUGCCUAUGAUAGACAGCAAUGAACAACCGGAUGCGAAACGCCCGCGACUCGGCCAGGAACCAGAACCCGUGGUAGCCGACUUGUUUGAGACAGCGCAAGAGCGCGAAGUCGCCGCAUCUGCAGGGCUUCAAGCCGCAAAUGACUCAUCAUCUGUUGUUUUAUCGCACCAAGUUCGCCAUCAGGUUGCGAUUCCGCCCAACUAUCCAUAUGUGCCCAUAUCUGAACAUAAGCCCCCCGAGAACCCGGCGCGAGUAUGGCCGUUCACCCUCGAUCCUUUCCAGCAAGUUUCCGUUGCAUCGAUACAGAGAGAGGAGAGUGUACUUGUUUCAGCCCACACCAGUGCCGGAAAGACCGUUGUCGCCGAGUAUGCUAUCGCUCAGAGUUUGAAGAACAAUCAGAGAGUCAUUUAUACCAGUCCAAUCAAAGCCCUUAGCAACCAAAAAUAUCGAGAAUUUGCAGCAGAGUUUGGAGAUGUCGGUCUUAUGACAGGUGAUGUUACUAUCAACCCAACGGCUACUUGUCUAGUCAUGACAACGGAGAUUUUGCGAUCUAUGCUCUACCGUGGCUCUGAGAUUAUGCGCGAAGUCGCCUGGGUUGUCUUUGAUGAAAUUCAUUAUAUGCGCGAUACGACCCGAGGUGUAGUUUGGGAGGAGACUAUCAUUCUGCUUCCCGAUAAGGUUCGAUAUGUAUUCUUGUCCGCCACAAUUCCCAACGCCAUGCAAUUCGCAGAAUGGAUCGUUAAGAUGCACAACCAACCUUGUCACGUCGUAUACACCGAUUUCAGACCGACACCUCUACAACAUUAUUUCUUCCCCGCUGGUGCCGAGGGCAUCCACCUGGUUGUGGACGAGAAGGGCGUUUUCCGUGAGGAAAACUUCCAGAAAGCCAUGAGCACCAUUGCAGACAAAAAGGGCGAUGAUCCAGCGGACGCCAUGGCCAAGAGGAAAGGGAAGGGCAAAGACAAAAAAUUGAAUAAAGGCGGGAACAAGGGACCAAGUGACAUCUACAAGAUUGUAAAGAUGAUCAUGAUCAAGAACUACAACCCUGUGAUCGUCUUCAGUUUCAGCAAGCGUGAAUGCGAGUCUUGUGCCCUGCAGAUGAGCACCUUGGCUUUCAACGACGACUCGGAGAAGGAAAUGGUUUCCAAGGUUUUCAACAGCGCGAUCGAAAUGCUCUCAGAAGAGGACAGAAACCUCCCCCAGAUCCAGAACAUCCUACCUCUCUUGCGCAGAGGAAUCGGUGUCCACCACUCUGGUCUGCUUCCCAUCCUAAAAGAGACCAUCGAAAUUCUCUUCCAAGAAGGUCUCAUCAAAGUUCUCUUUGCGACUGAGACAUUCUCCAUCGGUCUUAACAUGCCUGCAAAAACCGUUGUUUUCACAAGCGUCAGGAAAUUUGACGGUAUCAGUCAGCGCUGGGUGACACCGUCCGAAUUCAUUCAGAUGUCAGGUCGUGCUGGUCGAAGAGGCCUCGAUGACCGAGGUAUUGUUAUUAUGAUGGUUGGCGAAGAGAUGGAUCCUGCCGUGGCGAAAGAGAUUGUUCGUGGUGAACAAGACCGACUGAACUCAGCCUUCCAUUUGGGUUACAAUAUGAUUCUGAACCUCAUGCGUGUAGAAGGCAUCUCACCUGAAUUCAUGUUGGAGAGAUGUUUUUACCAGUUCCAGAACACUGCCGGUGUUGUCACUCUUGAAAAAGAGCUCGCUGAGUUUGAGAAGAAGAGAGCCAACAUGAGCAUCUCUGACGAAGGAACCAUUCGUGAAUACUACGACCUGAGAAAACAAAUUCGCCAGUUCACCGACGAUGUGCAGGCGGUCAUCAGCCACCCCAACUAUUGUGUACCCUUCUUUCAACCUGGACGCUUGAUACGCAUCAAACACAAGGAUGCCAAUUUCGGAUGGGGUGUCGUUGUUAACUACAAACAGCGUAAGGCUCCGAAGAAUUCUACCGAAGAAUUUGCACCACACCAGAAAUACGUUGUCGACGUUUUGCUGAGGAUAGCCGACGGCCCGUCGAUUGGUACUAAGUCUUUUGAAGAUUUGCCGUCCGGCGUCCGGCCGCCAAAGGAGGGCGAAAAUUCCCGUAUGGAGGUAGUGCCGGUGACUCUCAAUUGUCUACAAUCUAUCUCCCACAUCCGAAUUUUCCUCCCGAAGGACCUAAAUUCGGCAGAUUCAAGGAACGGGGUGAAGAAGGCCCUGGAUGAAGUGCAAAAGCGCUUCCCGGAUGGCAUUGCUGAGCUUGAUCCAAUCGAAAAUAUGAAUAUCAAGGAUGAUGGUUUCAAGAAGUUGCUCAGAAAAAUUGAGGUGCUUGAAUCUCGUCUCCUAUCUAACCCAUUGCACAAUUCGCCGCGUCUACCGGAGCUCUACGAACAGUAUUCAGAGAAGGUGGAAUUAGGAUCUAAGAUUAAGGCAACCAAAAAGAAGAUAUCGGAGGCUAUGUCGAUCAUGCAACUUGAUGAGCUGAAAUGCCGUAAGCGAGUGCUUCGUCGGUUUGGAUUCAUUAACGAAGCCGAAGUCGUACAGUUGAAGGCCCGUGUAGCCUGUGAAAUUAGCACAGGCGACGAGUUGAUGCUCAGCGAACUGCUUUUCAAUGGCUUUUUCAACAACCUUACGCCUGAACAAGCUGCUUCCGUGUUGAGUGUGUUUGUUUUCGAAGAGAAGACCAAGGAAACCCCUGCUCUUACACGGGACGAGUUGGCAAAGCCCCUCAAGGAAAUCCAGGCGCAGGCCCGAAUUGUUGCCAAGGUCUCUCAGGAAUCCAAGCUUGCUGUCAACGAAGAGGAGUACGUACAGAGCUUCCAUUGGGAGUUGAUGGAGGUUAUAUACGACUGGGCGAAUGGCAAGUCCUUUGCAGAUAUCUGCCAAAUGACAGAUGUGUACGAAGGUAGUCUGAUCCGAGUCUUCCGCCGAUUGGAAGAGUGCCUUCGACAAAUGGCACAGGCCGCCAAGGUCAUGGGUAGCGAGGAACUUGAGAGUAAAUUCGAGACGGCCUUGACCAAGGUCCGCAGGGACAUUGUUGCCGCACAGUCCUUGUAUCUCUAGAUUAGUUAUAUUACAGCGAGAUAUCUUUUCGUCCGACCAACUUUUCGUUUUGUGUGACAAUCAUAGUGUUAGUGGUGGCAUUUCCCUGGCGUCGGAAGGCUUCUAAAAUCAACGUUCAUAAUUUUCCGUGUA